GUCGCUCCCUUUACCUGCCCCUGUCGUAGUUCCUCGUGUCAGGACAGGUUUUCCGAAAGUGGAGACAUUCAUUGAGCUUCGAUGUCACCAACGUGUCAAACGUAUCGCCCUGUUUGGAAUCGCUCCCUUAGACGAUCAUCAUUCUUAGUGGUUGAAGCUGGGUGAUGGGAAGUUCGUUUUGCGGUUUCUUUUUUAGCUCUUCUGCCUCUGAUGCAGAAUUCGACGCUGUGGUUGGAUAUUUAGAGGACAUCAUCAUGGAUGACGAGUUCCAGUUACUACAGAGGAAUUUCAUGGACAAGUACUAUCAGGAGUUUGAAGACACAGAAGAGAAUAAACUCACCUACACGCCUAUUUUUAAUGAAUAUAUUUCUUUGGUAGAAAAGUAUAUUGAAGAACAGCUGCUGGAGCGGAUUCCUGGGUUUAACAUGGCGGCUUUCACAACAACUUUACAGCACCAUAAAGAUGAAGUGGCAGGCGACAUAUUUGACAUGCUGCUCACGUUUACAGAUUUCCUGGCUUUUAAAGAAAUGUUUCUGGACUACAGAGCAGAUUAUUUCUUUUCUAACCCAGGAAAAAGAAGGUCGGGGACUGGACUUAAGCAGUGGUUUAGUGGUGACUUCAUUGUGCAAAUCAUCUUCUGUGCCAGCUUCCCAGAAUGACCUGCGGCCCUAGGUCCCACCACCAGGCAAUGGGAUCUUUCUGGACGUUGCCAGCCCAAUAGACUGGAAGAGGCUCUGGCUAAUGUGACAAUACCCAUUGGAAAGACUGACUCUGUUUUACAACUCAUUAAUGUUAAGUAUUGAUGGGUCAGAAGACAAUCCACUGACCCUACAGAGACCCUGAAGCACCUUCUCGUGUUCGGUAAUCCUACCACUCCUCCCCGAGCAGACCCCCUGCCUCAGGCCUCUGCGUCAGGCCCUUCUGGAGCAAGCCCAAGGCGGGCAUCACACCGGGGCCUCUUUCCCUGAUAUACAUGCUGGUAGGUCAGAAGCAUUUGGAAGAACCCAUCCUCUCCGGCCCACUUUGGCUCAGCAGGCUCUGCAUGUCCAUCAGGCUCUUGUGUGCUCACAGCCUUCUGUAUGCAUCGUUUCAUCAGACCUGCAGCCUCAAAAGGGGGUUCUUCCUGUUGGGGAACAUUUCCCUAGGCUGUUAAUCAAGCCAGCCGCCUGGCUGAGCUCCCUGCCACAUCCCAGCUAGCCUCGGCUCUAGGAAUCAGCUGAGGAUUCAGUCCUGUACCUGAAGCUCCAUGUGAAAAUCAGUUUCUUGUCUUUCACUUCGCAGUCCUUGCAUCACUGUCUUCUGCUAGUCCUUGAUGUAGUCUGUUUCUAGAAUCCUCUUAAGCAUUUUUUAGAAAAAUAUUUUUAUAGGUAAAUACUCAGGCUAACCUAGUGGAUAUAAUCUUGGAGCCUCCAUGAUUACCCACUUAAAGAUCAAAGUAUUAUAUGCUGUGUGCUUUUUAGCUGUUAGUGCUAUGAAAGCAAAAAGGCUUUCUUUGUUGGCGUGCCUGGUUUACUGGGCGCCAACGAGUGUGUGCUUAUGCUGGAAGUAGGCUAAAAGGUCUCCCUUUCUUACAGCAUGUUAAGUGUUUGUACAGGUUUCUGAAAUCCCUUUCCAUAUAAAUCAUUUUGUUAGGUAUUCUGUUGGGGGUAGGGUCUCUGUAGUUGCCUCCUCCUGUCAGAAUCUGCCUGCCAAGAUGGUGUUCCACUGAGCUAGCUCAGCAGAAGUAGGAGAGCAGACAGCUUCACUGGUCAUCUGUAGGCUUUGACGUAGCACAAUGUUUCAGAGAAAUUACUGACCAGAAAAGACAUAUCAUACCUCUAGAAAGAAAAAGCAUAGUGUAUUUCAAUUCCCAAUGUGUACCUUCUAUAUUUUUUCCCUAAGUAAAAACAAGACUCUACUGAUUUCAGUUGGCUGUUGUGGUUUUAAAGUAUGAGCUAUAGACUGUGUUUUUCUGUACUAAUGUGUGGCGCUUAUUAAAUACUUUUGUACCAUAAGUAAACUUGGAAGUACAUUGCAAGAACCAUGAUUCUUCAGAGUCCUCCCCUUUCUUCACUGUCACCGUUGGGUCACUGCUACUUUGGUCUUCCAAGCCAAAGGCACUCUCAGCCAGCUUUUGCAAAUGCUGCCACUCCUAGCCUUUUGCUUCUUGCCCUUUUUAUAGAGGAUUACGCCACUAUAGAGAACUAUGCUGUAGUCCUCUAAUGUUUGAAGUACUUGACGAAGACCUGUUGGUCUGUCUGCCUAGUUGACACAGGCCACAAAUGUGUACAAGUGCAAAGAAUCAGUUACAAGAAAAUAAAUGAGAACAGAGGCAGAUGAUUCUUUUCCACUCGGAAAAAAAAGCAAGCAAGCCUGUCGUAGCUAAAUAUUAGCAGAUAUGCUUUCUGAUUUCUCAUAAGGUUUCUAAUUUUAGAAACCUGUCUCUGUCCACACAGCAACUUCUGUCCUUGUGUCACUUUUGUUGGAGCUGAGGGCUGGUUUGGAGUGUGAAACCUGCCCAGGUUCAGACAGCUGCACUGUCUUACUGCUGUGGACUCCUCACUGGCUGGAAGCAAUAUUCCCCUAAACUGCAGGGGGCGCUGGCCUAAACAAAACAGUAGUCAGAGUGAGCACAUGGACGGACACCUGCAAUGCAAUUGGCUGUUGUGGCAGGUCAGAAACCUUAGGAUUUUGUUUCCUCUUAAGCCUCCAAAAAAAUAAAUAAAUAAAAUGGGUUGACCCUUAA